CGUAAACAGUUGACCUUCUUCCUCCAUUCUCGUUAAGAAGGGGAAAAUAAAAUAAUGAUCGCGGCGCAGAAAAUAGCUGGUUUGACAGCAACAACUCAAGUUGUUCCAAACUUCAUAGCCCCUGUGGUACCUCUUCUAACAAAACAUCUAGAGAAAAUAUAUGUACCUAAAGCGAAACCGGGCAUCCAGCCUUUGCCAAAAGCUGCCUUCUUAGCCUCGGCACAAAUAACUGGACCAGCCCAAGUGAGGUAUUCACACACAGAUAUUCGAGUACCAAAGCUAGACGAUUAUCGCCGGCCAAGCAAUGUCUCAAAUACAGACAAAAACGAGGGUGGUCCCCAGGCCAAGACUUUCACAUAUAUUUUUGCAGGAGGAUUUGGGGCAGCUGGCGCACUGUUGGGAAAGGAUGUUGUUAAUGGUGUAAUUUCGUAUAUCAGUGCUGCGAAGGACAUUGUUGCUCUGGCGAAGAUCGAAAUCGGUCUCAGUGACAUCCCUGAGGGAAAAACGAUGACCUUCAAAUGGCAGGGAAAGCCGCUGUUUGUACGUCACAGGACAGCUGAUGAGAUUGAAGAGGUUCGGUCUGUGGAUAUGGCUGCAUUGCGUGACCCACAACCGGAUGAGGAAAGAACCCAGAAUCCCAAGUGGCUCAUCUGCAUAGGAAUAUGCACACAUCUUGGAUGCGUGCCAGUAGCAGAAGCCGGUGACUUCAACGGCUAUUAUUGCCCUUGCCACGGAUCCCACUACGAUGCUUCUGGACGUAUCAGGAAGGGCCCCGCUCCUCUCAACCUUGAUAUACCGUAUUACGAGUUUAUGGAUGAUGAAACAGUCGUUGUUGGGCAGUAGUGUUACGAUGGGACUAUUUGUUUUGUUGGACAAGACUAUGUAAUUGUUGAGUUAUUUAUAAAAGAUCUUGUGUGUUGACAACUUCGGAUAUUUCCCUUAAAUAAUGUAAAAGAAAAAAAAACAGUAAUAUUUAUAAAAAAAAAUGUUGAAGUAGAUUUUCAAGUUCUCGUAUGUGACAUAAUAUAAAAGAUAUAUCAAUUAAUAGAUGUUAAUAACAACUGUUAGUAAAAACUGUUAGUAAAUUUUUAUUUCUCCAUUUAAGAAUUGUGAUAGUUUUAACAUUUUGCUGUAAUAAAUUUUUGAACAGUG